AAGAGAACUUUGAUCCAAUCUUGCAACGAGCGCGUGCUUUGAACAAGAAAAUGUGAUUCAGUACGUACACUCGGCCGCAGUGUAGAGCAAAAGAGGGAGCGCAACGGUGAAUGAUCGGAGACGUAGAGAAAAUGGUCGCAGUGGGCCUCGUCUGGGGCGCCACCAACGCCAUCAUGCGCCGCGGUGCGCUCCUCUGGGACCAGGCCCUCGAAUCUACUUCGAGACCACCACCAGAAACCCACCCAUCCAAGCUCCACCACAAAUUCCUCGCUUCCCUCAAGAACUGGCUCACCCUCCUCUCGAUCUGGCAGUAUUCCGUCCCCUUCUUGAUCAAUCUCUCAGCCUCCGCUACUUUCUUCGCUAUUCUGGGACAAACUCCCAUCUCUCUAACUGUGCCUGUCACCAACGCCACGACGUUUGCCGCCACGGCCGUGUUCGGGAUGCUGCUGGGGGAGAAGACCCGCGUCGGCCACGCUUUGCUUGGGUGGGUACGCAUACUUUGAGUACGAAUCUUCAUUGUUUAAAUGCAAGGGUCUUAUGGUGUUUGAGGCCUAACAAUGCGCAAUUCUCGAAUUUGAUAUGUAGCAGAGGCCGGACUACAAUAUCUAUACUAGCAAAGCCAACCUAAGUAUGCUUUGCACAGCUAUAAAUUUCUGUCUUUGGGAUUUGUAUUCAAAUACUGGCGUUGGCGUACUUCAGAUUUUUUAGUUUGAAAAACUCACAAUCUCCCAGAGCACCCGUGCCACCGAGCAACCAUUAUAUCCAAGUGGUCUUGUGGAACCCUGCUUUCAAAAUUUGGUUGUCACAAAGUAAGAGUGGUUGCAUUUGUUUUGGGAACAUAGCUCCAUUCAAUAUAA